AUGGGCCUCUCACAGAGAGCGCCGAGGGAGAGCCAGGCUCAGGCAGCAAGAAGGAACCCAGUGUGCCGGCAGCUAAGAGCCGCGACAAGCUCACGCAGGCCGCAGGGGUUGGCGAGCAAGCCGCCGCCGCAGCGCGGUCUGCCGGGCGCCCAGCCCUCGCCUGGGGCAGGAGGUAACGAUCCAUUCACCAUCGUCAAUGAAAACACAGGCCAGUGCAUCAAGCCAGUGAGCGACUGGAUAGUAGCCACGGAUUGUGACAAAACCGAGGGCCUGUUGUGGAAGUGGGUGUCAAAGCAUAAGCUCUUUCAUUUGCAAUCCCAGAAGUGCCUUGGCCUCAAUAUCACCAAACCCACGGAUUCCUUGAAAAUGUUCAGAUGUGACGCCAGUGUCAUUCUGUGGUGGAAAUGCGAGCAGCACUCCCUGUACGGAGCUGCCCAGUCCAAGCUGGCUCUGAAGGAUGGACACGCCAUAGCAAGUACAAAUUCAUCUGACAGCUGGAGGAAAGGAGGCUCCGGGGAAAGCCUCUGCGACCAGCCUUACCAUGAGAUAUAUACCAGAGAUGGAAACUCCUACGGGAGACCUUGUGAAUUUCCAUUCUUAUAUGAUGGGACCUGGCAUCAUGAGUGCAUCCAUGAUGGAGAUGACAAUGGGCCGUGGUGUGCAACCACCUUAAGUUAUGAUUAUGAUCAAAAGUGGGGUAUCUGCUUAAACCCAGAAAAUGGCUGUGAAGGUAACUGGGAAAAGAAUGAGCAGACUGGAAGUUGCUACCAAUUUAAUACUCAGACAGCUCUUUCUUGGAAAGAAGCUUAUGUUUCAUGUCAGAAUCAAGGAGCUGACUUACUGAGCAUCAACAGUGUUGCUGAAUUAACUUAUCUUAAAGAAAAAGAAGGCAUUGCAAGAAUUUUCUGGAUUGGCUUAAAUCAGUUGUACUCUUCCAGAGGCUGGGAAUGGUCCGACCACAAGCCAUUAAACUUUCUCAACUGGGACCCAGAGAUGCCCAGUGCACCUGUGAUAGGUGGGUCAAGCUGUGCGAGCAUGGAUGCCAUAUCUGGUCUGUGGCAGAGGUUUUCCUGUGAAGCUAAACUGCCCUACGUCUGCAGAAAAUCAUUAAACAACACAGUGGAGUUAACAGAUGUUUGGACGUAUUCAGAUACCCGCUGUGAUGCAGACUGGCUGCCAAAUAAUGGGUUUUGCUAUCUGCUGGUAAAUGAAAGGGAUUCCUGGGAUUCAGCACAUAUGAAAUGCAGAGCCCUCAGCAGUGACCUCAUCAGCAUUCAUUCUUUAGCAGAUGUGGAAGUGGUUGUGACAAAACUCCAUAAUGGGGAUGCCAAAGAAGAAACAUGGACAGGUCUUAAGAACAUAAAUACACCAGCUUUAUUUCAAUGGUCAGAUAGUACUGAAGUUACUCUAACAUAUUGGGAUGAGAAUGAGCCAAAUGUUCCCCACAAUAAGACUCCCAACUGUGUUUCCUAUCUAGGAAAGCUAGGUCAAUGGAAAGUCCAAUCAUGCGAAGAGAAACUUAAAUAUGUGUGUAAGAAAAAGGGAGAAAAAGUGAGUGAUGCAAGAGCUGAUAAGAUGUGUCCUCCAGAUGAGGGUUGGAAGAGACAUGGAGAAACCUGUUACAAGAUUUACAAGGAUGAGGUCCCUUUUGGAACCAACUGCAAUCUGACUAUAACUAGCAGAUUUGAGCAAGAAUACCUGAAUGAUAUGAUUAAAAGGUACACUAAAUCUGCAGAAAAAUACUUCUGGACUGGCCUGAGAGAUGUAGAUUCAAAUGGAGAGUAUAGCUGGGCAAGUGUUGGUGGAGAAAAGCGGUCUGUAACCUUUUCCAACUGGAAUUUUCUUGAGCCAGCUUCUCCAGGCAGGUGCGUGGCUAUGACUAGUGGAGAGUCUCUUGGGAAAUGGGAGGUAAAAGACUGCAGAAGCUUCAGAGCACUUUCAAUUUGCAAGAAAACCAGUGGGCCCGUGGAGCCUGAAGAAGCAGUUCCCAAGCCUGAAGACCCCUGUUCCGAAGGCUGGGAGAGUUUCCCCUCAAGUCUUUCUUGUUAUAAGAUAUUUCCUGUAGAAAGAAUUGUAAGAAAGAGGAACUGGGAAGAAGCUGAGAGAUUCUGCCAAGCACUUGGAGGACACCUUCUUAGCUUCCAUCAUGUGAAUGAAAUAAAGGAAUUCCUUCACUUUUUAACAGACCAGUUCAGUGGCGAGCGUUGGCUGUGGAUAGGUUUGAAUAAAAGGAGCCCUGAUUUACAAGGAUCCUGGCAGUGGAGUGAUCGCACACCAGUGUCUACUUUUAUCAUGGAAAAUGAGUUCCAGCAGGAUUACGACGUCAGAGACUGUGCUGCUGUCAAGGUCAUGCAGAGGUCAUGGCGAAGAGGCUGGCAUUUCUAUAAUGACAGAGAAUUUCUUUAUUUAAGGCCUUUUGCUUGUGAUGCAAAACUUGAAUGGGUGUGUCAGAUUCCAAAAGGUCGCACUCCAAAAACACCAGACUGGUACAAUCCAGAGCGUGCCGGAAUUCAUGGGCCUCCAGUUGUAAUAGACGGGAGUGAAUAUUGGUUUGUUGCUGAUCCUCGCUUAAACUAUGAAGAAGCUGUCCUGUAUUGUGCCAGCAAUCACAGCUCCCUGGCUACCUUAACAUCUUUUGUAGGAUUAAAAGCCAUCAGAAACAAAAUAGCAAAUAUAACUGAUGAGGAACAGAAGUGGUGGCUGAGAGCUACUGAGCAGCCAAUGAUAGAUCAUCGCUCUGUACACUCACGACAUCCAUGGCAUCACUUUCCUAUAACAUUUGGACAGGAAUGUUUAUACAUAUCUGCCAAGACUUGGCUUAGCGACUUACGUAAACCAGCAGACUGUAGUACCAAGUUGCCCUUCAUCUGUGAAAAAUAUAAUGUAUCUUCAUUGGAGAAAUAUAGUCCAGAUUCUGCAGCUAAAAUACAAUGCUCUGGGGAUUGGAUUGCUUUUCAGAAUAAGUGUUUUCUAAAGAUUAAACAACCCAAGUCUCUCACAUUUUCCGAAGCAAGCAAUACUUGUCACACCUACGGCGGCACCCUUCCUACGGUGUUGAGCCAAAGAGAACAAGAUUUCAUUACAGCCUUGCUUCCGGAAAUGGAAGAUGCUCUGUGGAUCGGUUUGCGCUGGACAGCCUAUGAGAGGAUAACUAAGUGGAUAGAUAACAGAGAGCUGACGUACAGUAACUUUCACCCAUUCUUGGUCGGCCGGAGGCUCACAAUACCAAGAGAUAUUUUUGAGGAAGAGUCCAGCUACCAUUGUGCCCUGAUGCUCAACCACCGAAAGUCACCUUUAACUGGAACGUGGAAUUUCACCUCCUGCAGUGAACACCACCCUCUGUCUCUCUGUCAGAAAUACUCAGAUAUUAAUGGCACACCAACAAAAAAUACUUCAGAAACUGUAAAGUACCUAAAUAAUCUGUACAAAAUAAUCCUAAAGACUCUGACGUGGUCUGAUGCCCUAAGGGAAUGCCAGAAAGAUAACAUGCGCCUGGUGAGCAUCACAGACCCGUACCAGCAGGCGUUCCUGACUGUGCAGGCGGUCCUGUACAACUCUUCCCUGUGGAUUGGACUCUCCAGUCAAGAUGAUGAACUCAACUUUAUUUGGUCAGAUGGGAAACAUCUUCAGUUUAGUCGCUGGGCUGAAAAUAAUGAGCAGCUGGAGGACUGCGUGUUUUUAGACACUGAUGGAUUCUGGAGAACGUCCGAUUGCGAUGCUAACCAACCAGGUGCCAUUUGCUACUACCCAGGAAAUGAGACUGAAAGAGAAGCCAAACCAGCCUACAGUGUCCGAUGUCCAUCUCCUGUCUUAAACACUCCAUGGAUACCCUUUCAGAAUUAUUGCUACAAUUUCAUGAUAGCAAAGAAUAGAUAUAUGGCAGUAACACAUGAUGAUAUUCAUUCUAGAUGCCAAAAACUGAAUCCAAAAUCACAUAUUCUGAGUAUUCGUGAUGAAAAAGAGAACAACUUUGUCCAAGAGCAACUUCUGCACUUUCAUUAUAUGGCGUCGUGGGUCAUGUUAGGUAUAAUUUAUGAAAAUAAUUCUCUCCUGUGGUCUGAUAAGACGAUGCUGUCCUACACGCACUGGAGAGCAGGGAGGCCAGCGGUGAAGAACGGCCAGUUUUUUGCUGGCUUGAGUACUGAUGGCUUCUGGGAUAUUCAGACCUUUAACGCUAUUGAAGAAAUACUUUCUUUUCAUCAGCACAGCAUUCUUGCUUGUAAAAUUGAAAUGGUUGACUACAAGGAAGAAUAUAAUACUACUCUGCCACAGUUCAUUCCCUAUGAAGAUGGCAUUUACAGUGUUAUUCAAAAAACAGUGACAUGGUAUGAAGCAAUAAACAUAUGUUCUCAGAGUGGAGGUCACUUGGCAAGUGUUCAUAACCAAAAUGGCCAGCUCUUCCUAGAAGAUAUUGCAAAGCGUGAUGGAUUUCCACUGUGGGUGGGGCUAUCAAGUCACGAUGGAACAGAAUCGAAUUUCGAGUGGUCUGAUGGCAGUGCGUUUGACUACGUCCCAUGGGAAGAUAAGCAGUCUUCUGGAAAUUGUGUUCUCUUGGAUCCAAAAGGAAUUUGGAAACAUGAAAAAUGCAAGUCUCAUACGGAUGGCGCUAUUUGCUAUAAACCUACAAAAUCUCAGGAGGUAUCCUCUCCUACAUACUCACCGAGGUGCCCAGCAGUGAAAGAGAACGGAUCCCAGUGGAUCCAGUACAGGGACCACUGUUACGCAUAUGACCAGGCAUUGCGCAAUUUCUCAGAAGCCAAACAAUUUUGUUCGGAACUUGCUCAUUCUGCAACUCUUGUUACUGUGGAAGAUGACAAUGAGAAUAAAUUUGUGAGCAGACUGAUGAGGGAAAAUAAUAAUAUUACCAUGAGAGUUUGGCUUGGAUUAUCUCAACAUCCGACUGAUAAAUCUUGGAACUGGAUAGAUGGAUCAAAACUGAAAUUUGUCAAAUGGGCAAAUAAACGUAAAAGUGAUGGUGAAAAAUGUAGCAUUUUGUUAGCCUCAAAUGAAACUUGGAUAAAAGUUGAAUGUUCACAUGGCUAUGGAAGAGUGGUCUGCAAAGUUCCUCUGGGCCCUGAUUACCGAGGAAUAGCCGUCGCGCUCUCUGUGCUGUGCGUCGUGGCUCUCAUCGGCGGGCUGAUCUGGGUCCUCUUCCAGAGGAACCGUUCGUCCUGGGCCGGCUUCUCUUCGGUUCGAUAUGAACAAGGCGUGAAUGAAGAUGAGAUUAUGCUCCCUUCUUUCCAUGACUAAAUCCUUCUAAAAGUUUGCUAAUUUGCACUAAGAUGUUAGGGAAAAUGAGCCAUUUUAAAUGUUUUCAGUGUCAGUAUUUACUCUGUUCCAAAGUACAAGUCUCAAGUACUUUUUCAGUUUAGUUGCUAUUCUGGUAUCUACAUUUAAUUACUCAAAAAUGCCAUGCUUAUAACUCUACUUGAUAGAAUGGAAAGGAACUGAAGCUAAAACUGAAACUAAAGUCCAAAUUGUUCAUAGGGCAAUAAUUUUAAUGUGCAUUUAUUCUAGUUACCAACCACAUUGUCCAUGACAUUGUUAAUGACA